AUGUCAGACCCCCCCAACAACACCCAAACCACGUUUAGUGGCGGCGACCCUCCUGCCGACAAUAAUUAUACCGACAAUAAUAAUGAACAGACUAAUAUUAAUGAUAUGCAAAAAAUUAUUGCUGUUGAACUGAAGGAGAAAGAAAGUUCUCAUUCCAGAGGACCUCAUUCUCAUGAAGCUCAUCACAUCAAACCCUCGACAAAAAUCCAAAAAAAUAAUGAAAAACCAGACUCCCAUAAAAAAAUUGAAACUAUCCACAAAAAGCUUGAAUCGAAUGAUAAGCAUAAUGCUUCUUCAAACCACGAAACCCCCGUUGAAACCCCUAUUGUGAAUGUUGGUCCAACCUUGAACCCUACCUUUGACUCUUCACCAGAUGGUGGUGAUGUGGAAAUUGACGCAACACCAUCACGUGACAUGGAUGUUCUCAUGCCGGAUGCAAAUCCAUUUGGUGAUAAUUCUGAAGCCUGGGAAUACAUCUUAAAACUUAAGGAUGUAUUUCUGGUUGAAUUGUCUAUUGUUAAAGAAGACUUGAGUAUUACAAUUGAAGAUUGGGAAAUAAAAUUUCAAAAUCUUGAACUUAAAAACAAUGAGUUAGCUAAACAACUCAUUGCUUUGACCGAAAAGCUUAAAGCUUCAGAAGGACAAGUGAAUUCUCUUCGCUCAGAACUUGAUGUUUUGAGAAACAAUCAGGUUCACACAGAAGUUAAACAUGUAAUGUUUGAAAAACUUAAAAAGGAAGUUAAGGAUAAUAAGGAUCAUUGCGAUAAAGUGAAACAUAAAGCUGAUGAAAUAGCUAAGAUGACUCUUCAAGAUUUGUCUCAAGAAAAAGCAAGAAACAAAAGAAUUAUCGACACUGAAAUCAAGGAAUUCAAAGAAAUGACCAACAAUCUUGAGAAAAGAGUUGAUAAUAUGGAAUACAAACUACGCAAAAAGGAAAUCAAGAGUGCGGUAAGAAAAGUCGACACUUUGCCUUUUGCUUUGACCCCUAAAACUCCAAAUGGAGCAACUCCAAAGUUGAAAGACAUUAUGAAGGCUCAAAAACAACACCGUGAAACUAAAGUUGAUGAAGACAAACCCACUUUUAGAGUGUGCAUAAGAAUUCCAGAUACCAUGAAAAGAGUUAAUAUCCCUGCGAUUGGAAAGAAAAUUGAUGCGGUUGCACAAAUGCCGGUGGCUCAGGAAAUAGGCUAUACUGUCAAAGGGCAUUUAUAUGUUCAACUUAAUGACAAAGAUUUUGCUGAUAAAGCUGCAGAAUGGAUCCCCAAAGUUGACCCUACUUAUUCAGUGCUUGACACAGAUUCUUGGUACAAGGCUGUACUUCAGGAAAUACCUAAUACGGCAUCGAUUGAAGACUUGAAAGAAACUCUCUACAAUUUUAAUGAUUACCAUAUUGUUUUGAAUACCGAACCCAAAAUCAUUAGCAGAAACCAAUUUACCCAAACAGCAUUGGUUUCAUUCAGAAAUGCCCAAGACUAUGCAAAGUGUGCUGAUAAUCUUAUUAUCCAGUACACAAAAGUUAAAGUUAGACCUUUUAUUAGCAGAAAAAAAACUCCUGAAGAACUCCAAGCUAUGCGUAAUAAGAUACGAUUAUUGAAAAAUGAAUCAGACAAAAAGGAUAAUGAGGCCCAUCCUGUUUCCACUGACGACUCACAAGAUGAACCGAUGAAAGAAACAAAUAUUGAAGAACUAGAUGAAUCCAAUGAGGAAGAAAACGAAAACAAUUCUAUUACAUCCAAUGAAUUAUAA